UCUCAUACUCACUUUCUUCCAUACCAAUUGUCUUCUACUCUGAUCAAUAAUUAUCCAUCAUGGCUACCAAAAUCAAGCUCAUCCCUAACCUCAACUAUAAGCGCUCAGGCACCAAGUCCUACGUGCACUUGAUCCGGAAGUACCGCUUCCAACCCACCAAGCCUGGUCCCUACACCCUCAGCAGCUCCAUUCAACAGACCGGCCGUCCGUACACUGACAAGCCCAUCGGGGGUCGGGCUCAUGUUCGCCAGCUGGUGCGGAAGAAGAGCACGACCAGCGAUGAGGUUGGCGAGGUCCCGGCCGAAGAUGUGCAGAACGACUCCAUGUACCUGGCGACCGUGGGUAUCGGAACCCCGGCGCAGAACCUGAAGUUGGACUUUGACACUGGUUCAGCUGAUCUCUGGGUCUGGUCGAACAAACUCCCCUCAACCCUUCUAUCCGAGAACAAUACCCAUGCUAUCUUCGACUCGUCCAAAUCGAGCACCUUCAAGACCCUGGAAGGUGAAUCUUGGCAAAUCUCCUACGGAGAUGGAUCCUCCGCAUCAGGGAGUGUCGGCACCGACGACGUCAACAUCGGCGGCGUAGUAGUCAAGAACCAAGCCGUCGAGCUGGCGGAGAAGAUGUCCACCACAUUCGCCCAAGGCGAAGGGGACGGAUUGCUCGGUCUAGCAUUCAGCAACAUCAACACUGUGCAGCCAAAGUCUGUGAAAACGCUCGUCGAGAACAUGAUUCUGCAGGAUGAUAUUCCCAAGUCCGCUGAGCUGUUUACGGCUAAGUUGGAUACCUGGCGGGACACUGAUGACGAGUCAUUCUACACCUUUGGCUUCAUUGAUCAGGAUUUGGUGAAGACAGCAGGCGAAGAGGUCUACUACACCCCUGUCGAUAACAGCCAAGGCUUCUGGCUCUUCAAUUCGACUUCUGCAACGGUCAAUGGAAAGACCAUUAACCGGUCGGGUAACACCGCCAUUGCCGAUACUGGCACCACGCUGGCGUUGGUGGACGAUGACACGUGUGAGGCGAUCUAUAGCGCAAUUGACGGCGCGUAUUACGAUCAGGAAGUCCAGGGCUGGAUCUACCCGACCGAUACUGCGCAGGAUAAUCUACCCACUGUGUCCUUCGCCGUGGGCGAGAAGCAGUUUGUGGUACAGAAGGAGGACUUGGCCUUUUCGGAGGCGAAGACGGGCUAUGUAUAUGGAGGAAUCCAGAGUCGUGGUGAUAUGACCAUGGAUAUCUUGGGAGAUACCUUUUUGAAGAGUAUUUACGCUAUCUUCGAUGUCGGUAACCUGCGCUUUGGAGCCGUCCAGCGCGAGGAGUUGCGUCAGAGCCUGAAGUCGGAGUAGACGAGUGGCUGGAUCUAUUACGGUUUAAUGAUGUUAUGUAAUUGAAGGUCAAACAACUUCCUAUCUUGCUCAUCUUCAGCUCAGUGUUUCCCUG